ACAUGCUGAAUUUUCUCCCCUCAUAAUCAUGAUCACUAAUUUUCUGCUCUUUUUCUGGGUUGAGGUUUCAAGGCUAGCUAGCUAAAUAUUAAUUUAGAUAUAUAUAUAUAUGUAUGUGUAUAUAGUUGGCUUUUAGGUUUUAGUUUUUUUUCUUUUUCUUUUUGAAAACUUAAUUUGUAUAUAUAUAUAUGUGAUGGAUAGUUAAUUUUAAAGGCAACUUUUUUGGAGCAAGUGAUCUCUGAAUCUAUGUAUUGUUGCUGUCGUCGUUGCAAAAAUCUUCCAGUUUGUGCUUAAUGGAAAAGUUGAAAAUUGGAAUUGGAGUGGUGAAACCCACCACCAUGGAAAGCUCAAAUAAUCAAAGCAGAAGGCCAAGGCCACAGAAAGAGCAAGCCUUGAACUGUCCAAGAUGCAAUUCAACCAACACCAAGUUCUGUUACUACAACAACUACAGCCUCACUCAGCCAAGAUACUUCUGCAAAACCUGUAGAAGAUACUGGACUGAAGGAGGAUCUCUGAGGAACGUUCCAGUUGGGGGCGGAUCCAGGAAGAACAAGAGAUCCGCGCCAUCUUCCCCGCCAAUUUCUUCCAAGAAGCUCAAUGAUCUAGGGUUUUCUCAGCCCGCAGGUUCUGAAAAUCCUAAAUCCAACCAAGCCCAAGACCUAAACCUAGCUUACCCACCAAGCGCUAUUGCUUCUUCUCCUUCUGCAUCUCAUCUACCAGCUGGGUUGUCUACUUUCAUGCCUAGUAAUCAUCCUGUUUAUUCAUCAUCUGGGUUAGGGUUUCCUCUGCAAGAGUUCAAGCCAAGCCUGAAUUUUUCCUUGGAUGGGUUUGAAGCAGCCGCCAGUGGCUAUGGUGGUGUUCAAGAGGGUGGCGCCGCUGCAAGGCUAUUUUUCCCUUUUGAGGACUUGAAGCUGCAGGCUCCAAGCAAUAAUGGGCAGUUUGAUGAACAGAUUAAUAGAGGGCAAGGAGAGCCCAAUAAUGGGUACUGGACUGGAAUGCUGGGUGGAGGAUCAUGGUAAUAAUGAUUUAAGUUUCAGAAAGUAUUGGACAGAAGCAAGAAGGAGAAGUUGGUGUUGAUGAUUUGAUCUUUGUUUCAGUUGAUCAGUUUGACGAGAACUAACAGAUCAUGAAGUAAUUAGUCUCUUUCUUAAUUACACUUCUCUCUAUUUAGUUAUCUUUCUCUCCUACUUAAUUAGAUAUUAAUUCUUUAUAUAA